AUGGCCGUCAAGAAACCAAAACGGUCGACCGCAAAGCGGAGGCGCAUUCCCGUCACCGCAUCACUCCCUCCCACAGCAACCCCUGCAACCACCUCACAGCACUCCCUCACACCAGCAGGAUCCUCCUCUGCAGGCUCACUAUCAGUCCUUAUGGCAUUGACACCCUCAGGCGCUGAGACAACCUCAUCCACAUCCUCUCUCCUAACCAUCAAAUCCUCAAAAACCGUCGCCCGCAAGAAAUCCUCCAUGGCCACCGCACAAUUGAUCCGGCGAUACCAUACUCUCAACAAGGAGCUCUCCCAAUGCCUUGCUCGCAUCGAUGCUUCGACGAAUUCUUCUCAGUCAGGAAAUGGAGGUGGAGGCGGAUAUCAGAGAUCGCAGGGACCGAGGUACACGGCACAACAAAAGGCGGAUGAUUUGGCGAGGAUAGCGGCGAUCCGGCAGGAGAUGGAUGACCUUGGAGGGCUAGACAUGUACCAGAAAGCCUCGACUUUGGGACAGUCCAAGCAGCGUGGAGGCGAUUCCAGCAAGUGGUUUAUCCCCGUUAUUGAGAGCUGUCAUCCCCAGCUUGAUAAAAAGGCGGGUAAGCCGUUAAGACUACUGGACAUUGGAGCACUCUCACCCCACAACUACCAAAAAUACAGCUCCUGGAUCAAAGCAACACCCAUCGACCUCAACCCCCAAGACCCGCUCAUCACAAAAAUGGACUUCCUCGAAAUGCCCAUCCCCACCACAAAAGAUGACCUCUUCGACAUCGUCAGCCUCUCCCUCGUCGUCAACUUUGUCGGCGACCCAACCCAACGCGGCGAGAUCCUGCGCCAUUCAACUCGAUUCUUGGUACCCGGCACGGGACUUUUGUAUCUGGUGCUUCCUCUGCCGUGCAUUGACAACUCGCGGUAUAUGGACCAUGAGCUGUUGGUCGAGAUGAUGGCUGCGUUGGGAUACACGACGCUUGUGAGCCAUCACCUUGCGAAAAAGUUGGCCUACUAUGCCUUCCGACUGGAUGUUGAUGUUGCUCCUUCUUUCUCUGGAGACAAAGGGAGUAAAAAGGCGGCCAGUCAGCCGUUGUUUCCCAAGAAGAUGCGUCAUGAUAAACCCAAUCGUAACAACUUCUGCAUUGUCCUUGCAUAG